UACUGUUUACUGUUACAGGUGAAAAGCCCUUCAAAUGUGUCCCCACUGUUCGAAAACAUUCACUCAAUCGAUAACGCUGAAGAUACACGUCAGGUUGCACACCCGGGAAAACUCCGUACGUGUGCGAAUACUGCGACCGAGGGUUCACUCAAUCCUACAAUCUGACGGUGCACCUGCGAACCCAACACAACCAGAUAAUGGUAUAGGACGCGAAGUCGACGUGCUGCCCGAGUACAAAUGUCGAGUAUGUAGCAAGGUCUACCGAUCGGCGAAAAGUUUCCGGCUGCACGAGAAGUUGCAUGCCACCGGGAAACUGUUCGAUUGUCGCGAUUGUGGUAAAAAGUAUAACACAUAUGUGUCCAAAUGCAAGGCUUCUAAUACCGACGUGAAGGAAAAGAUGUACUCGUGUAAAAUCUACAGCCAAACAUUCAAGCAUCAGCAAAGCGGGGUGUACCACAUGAGCAACAAAACCAAACACAAACGGUUCGACAGAGGUUUUGAGAGAUCUGGAGACGGACGAAGGAGAAGCGAUUUGGCGAAGCUAAAAUAA